AUGACGCAUCGAAAGUUCAAAUGUUCACGAGGUUAGAGUUAAGCCUCCCAUCUGUUUUCAGACACUGUGAAAAGCCUGGAAAUUGAGAUUUAAACAUGGACGUUAGGAAAAAUCGAGCUUUCCACUUCGUGUAUCUGAUCGCCGGGUGUCUUUCCUCUUUGUCAUCCGCAAACCAACUGGAAUGUGAUUUUGAUUCUGGUAUCACGUGGAUUCCAUUUGGAAGCAAAUGGUACACUUUCAUUUCAACUCCAGGAAAUGGCUACGAAAUGAGCAAAGCUCAAGAAAUGUGCAAAGAAAGUGCUCCAGGUGCCAAUAUUAUCUGCAUUCUUAAUGAAAAGGAAAACAAGUUCAUUGCUGACCAGUUUAACAGGACUGCACAGUCUGGAACUAUUUGGUUGGGUAUGGUCUUUGAUACAGACAGCAAUACCAUGAAAUGGUUUGAUCAGUCUGAAGUAAGUUUCUCAAACUGGGCUCCGGGGGAACCAUCUGGAGGGACACCUGAUGUUGACACAUGUACUGUCAUGGACACAAAGUCAGGACAGUGGAAAGUAGCUAGUUGUGAUGAAGGCUUUGGAAAAUCAGUGAUAUGCGAAACAACAAUAACUGUACCUGAUGGAGAAAAAUGCUCAAGAGGCAACAAAAAUAAUGUAUUACCAACAGCAUUACUCAUCACAGCUGCAGCAAUUUUGGCGAUAAUUUCAAUAGUUACGUGGUAUGCGUACAAAAGAAAACAUCUUGCUGCAAAUGGAUUUAAUUCCAUCCAGCAUAAUCCAACAGACCAAGUUACAGAUGACAGUGUUUUGGUAGAGAAUGAAGAAAGGGAAUAUGUAGCAUAGCCUUUUUAAUCAUGACAUGGUAUUAAAUACUAAUAAUGUAAUUGCACAAGAAAUGAUGAAACAGAGCUACAAUGGCAUUUGCUAUCAGUAGUUUGAUAGAAUUUUUAUAUAUUCAAUCCAUAUUUUUAUCUUACAAUUACUAAAGGCAAGAAUUUAAUACAGUAGACAAAAGGCAUAGCUUGAAUGUAAAACCCGAUGUUUUAAAUAUAUAUUUAACGAACUGCAUAAUCUAAAUAAUUUAGCAACCAAAAACUUUUAUCAACACUUGGUUUAAGUGAGUUCCUUAAAGUUACGUACUUUAAAGAAGUUCUCCAGGAACAAUUUACUACCAAUUCAAAGGAUUAAAAACAAUAGGAGAAAUAAAGACUGUAAGCUUGUAACAGAGUUAUUUAUCUCACAGAUUUUGCGCAUGAAUAUGAUUAGUUCAAUCGAAGAAAGGUUUUCUAUUUGUACCAGUGAUUAACAUUACAGGAUUAAAAUGUUUGUAUUUUAAAA